AAGUGUUGAAUCUCUGUUGGCAGUGAAUUGCGCCCGCAGUUGGGUUAAGUUCUCUCUUUCUUGUGUGCUCUUGAGCGGUGAGCAGUGAGCUGCGACUUUAGCAACCAUUUUUGCAUUGUCUGAGUCGUGCCAGAAGCAACGGCAACACCAACUAGCAACAAAAUGGCAGCGGAGAACGAACACGUCGGCGACUGCGGCGAAGAUGUCGAAGAAGUUGAGGAGGAGGAAGCCGGCGAGGACCGCGCGCUCACUUUUCCGGAUGUCCUGGCCGCGUUGCAGCAGCAGCGCCUUAUGAUGCUCUCACUGCCGCCAAAGGUAAAACGCCGCGUGCGUGCACUCAAAAAGCUUCAGCUGGAGCAAACCAACAUCGAGGCGAAGUUUUUCGACGCCGUGCACGAGCUCGAAUGCAAAUACCAUCAGUUGUAUCUGCCGCUGUACGAAAAGCGGCAGACAAUUAUCAGCGGCGCGUACGAGCCGAAUGAAGACGAAUGUGAUUACCAUUCCGAUGAGGACGAGGAGCUGGCAAAGGAGACCGAGGAGAAAGUCAAGAUUGAAGACGCUCCUGCGAUUGACGUGCCAAAGAUGGAUGAGAACGCAGCCGGUAUUCCAGACUUUUGGUUGACCAUCUUUAAGAACAUUGCCCUCCUCGCCGAAAUGGUCCAGACCUACGACGAGCCAAUUCUAAAACAUCUCAAAGACAUCAAGACGAAAUUUAUUGAGAAACCUAUGGGUUUCACGUUGGAAUUUCACUUUGAGCCUAACGAAUUCUUCACGAACACGGUGCUCACAAAAGAAUACGACAUGAAAUGCGUGCCUGACCCAGAAGAUCCAUUCGGAUUUGAAGGACCUGAGAUUUACAAGUGCCGCGGCUGUCAAAUCAACUGGAACAAGGGCAAGAAUGUGACGCUGAAGUUGGUACGCAAGAAGCAGAAGCACAAGAGUCGUGGCCUCGUGCGCACCAUCACGAAGACGAUCCAAAACGAUUCGUUCUUCAACUUCUUCAGCCCGCCAACCAUUCCCGAUGACAUCAACGCCGACGACGUCGAUGAGGAAUUGCGAGAGCUGCUCACCACCGAUUUUGAGAUCGGGCAUUACAUGCGCGAACGCGUUGUGCCCAAGGCGGUGCUGUACUAUACCGGUGAGGCCAUCGACGAUGAGGAGUACGAUGAUGAAGAAGAUGAUGAUGAGGAUGAGGAGGACAGCGAGGAGGAAGAGGAUGAUUCAGACGCGAAAGAAAAUGCGAAAAACGUUAAGGAUCAGAACUGCAAACAGCAGUAGCCGUGCGCUUCCGAUGCGAAUUCCCAAUUAAUGCUUCAAUUUUUUUCUCUUUCUCUCCACACUAUUUUCUACGCCAACAUGAAAUCCAAUUCGGUAAUCAACUGCCCGCGCUAUAAACCGGUUUAAAUUCGUGUACUGGGAUAAAGCUGAAAUUGUAACUUAUGUAAACCAAAUCGAAAAGUUGAAAAUUUUUAGUCAUGACUGGAUCACAUGUUAUCGGAAAAUAUUAAAGAUGUAUAUAAUUUGUUAUCGGCUGUCGGCAGCAAUAUCCGUCUGAAAUUUGUAAAAAUUGCAUUGAAAAUGAAAAAUUGUUUGAAUCAGAAAUUUUAAAGCUGUGUUUUUUUUUUGUUUAUCGAUUUGUUUCAUUUGUAUGUAAUGAAUUUUGAUGGUACAAUAGAGCGAAUUCAUGUUUGUAAAA